CAACCCUCUUUUACGCCCAGUAAUCCUUGAGUCUCCCAGCCCCACCCCUGCAUCGGCAAGCAAAGACAAAUCACCGACGUAGGAGGGAGGGGGAUAAAACCCCGGGGGAAUAGGGAAGGGAGGUGGCGAGAGUAGGCACCGAGCAGUCUCCAACCACUGGGGUGAGAAGCAGCGCGAUCUGGGGAAACGAACUCCCCAUAAAUAGAGUUCCGAAUCCAUUGCUUUUGGAGACUCUGAGCGCACCUCCCCAGCUUCGCCCGAGUGGAGAAAGGCAAAGCAGGGAAAGGGACAGGCGACGCGACCGAGAGUGACUGAGUUGGCGUGUGGGACUCUGCGCCAGGAGUCGCAGGAGCCUGAAGGAAAGCGGAGCUCGGCUCGCGACCAGCGCGGGUAGGAAAGUGCGCACCGCCAGAGGAGCCCAGGCCAGCAGAGGCGCAAAGAGAGUGGGUCUCCGCGGAGGCCCUGGAGGCGUUGCAUGGACAGCAUGCGUUUCUCCGGGAACCCCGGGGCCGGGCCCGCGGGCAACUCUAGCCGGUGGUGGUCUCUGGCCGCCGGAGAUGCCAAUACCAGUCGGGAAGCCGAGGCGCAGGGGAAAGACGGCGACCCGCAGGCCGACAAGCGCAACGAAGAGCUGGCCAAACUGGAGAUCGCUGUGCUGGCGGUGAUUUUCGUGGUGGCGGUGGUGGGUAACAGCAGUGUGUUGCUGGCGCUGCACCGCACGCCUCGCAAGACGUCCCGCAUGCACCUCUUUAUCCGCCACCUCAGCCUGGCCGACCUGGCCGUCGCUUUCUUCCAGGUGCUGCCUCAGCUGUGCUGGGACAUCACCUACCGUUUCCGCGGACCCGACGGGCUGUGCCGCGUGGUGAAGCACCUGCAGGUGUUCGGCAUGUUCGCAUCGGCUUAUAUGCUGGUGGUCAUGACCGCCGACCGAUACAUCGCUGUUUGCCAUCCGCUGAAGACGCUGCAGCAGCCGGCGCGCCGCUCGCGCCUCAUGAUCGCCGCCGCCUGGGUGCUGAGCUUCGUGCUGAGCAUUCCGCAGUACUUCGUCUUCUCCAUGGUCGAGGUGAGCAAUGUCACCAAGGCCUACGACUGCUGGGCCAACUUCAUCCAGCCCUGGGGUCUCCCCGCCUACGUGACCUGGAUGACUGGCGGCAUCUUCGUGGUGCCCGUGGUCAUCCUGGGCACCUGUUACGGCUUCAUCUGCUAUCACAUCUGGCGCAACGUCCGUGGAAAGACAGCGGCGCGCCAGGGCAUGGGCACCCGGGGGGAGAGCGCGGGUGGCGCCUUCCACCAGGGGCUCCUGCUCCAGCCGUGUGUCAGCAGCGUGAAGACCAUUUCUCGCGCCAAGAUCCGCACCGUGAAGAUGACCUUCGUGAUCGUAACAGCUUACAUCGUUUGCUGGGCACCCUUCUUCAUCAUACAGAUGUGGUCUGUCUGGGAUGAGAAGUUCUCCUGGAUUGACUCGGAAAACCCAACCACCGCCAUCACUGCAUUAUUGGCUUCCUUGAAUAGCUGUUGCAAUCCCUGGAUAUAUAUGUUUUUUAGUGGCCAUCUCCUGCAAGACUGUGUUCAAAACUUCCCAUGCUGCCAAAACACGAAGCGAACAUUCAACAAAGAAGAUUCUGACAGUAUGAGCCGAAGACAAACUUCUUUUACUAACAGCCGAAGCCCAACAAACAGUAUGGGCCUAUGGAAGGACUCGCCUAAAUCUUCCAAGUCUAUUAAGUCCAUUCCGAUUUCAACCUGACCCAAUGAGUUCAUGCAACCUCACUCCUGUAAGGGACUUUUCAGCUCCUUGGCUGAAUCCAGUUAGAAAUUAUUAGAACAAAUGAACUUAUAUGAGAUACACAUACAUUGACUUGCUGCAUACAAGACUAUGUUUCUAGUUGCGUUUUUAUAUUGCUACAACCAAAAACUAUGAAUUGUUUUAUACGGAAUGUUAAUAAAA